CACACACACACACACACACACACACACAGAGAAAGGAAAAGAGAGAAUACGGUCGUUCUGGACGAUUUAAGCAUGUCGUGUUGGUUUGUUGUGUAUCUGUUUGUUCUGUCUCUGUGCUCAGCUUUGGCUAAGACCAGCGCUACUGAAGGAACAUUUGCUGGUCAUUCUGAUGGCUCUGACAAAAUUGGGAGGUCAGAGGGAGCGAGCGAUUUUGAGAGCUUUGAUGACAUUACAGGACCGUCUAAGAGAAAAGGUACCGGCCGGCUGCUAGUGGUGCCGAUGGACGGGAGUCACUGGACCGUGGUGAAGGCAGUGGCAGAGGAAAUGGGCCGCAGAGGCCACACCGUGCUGGUGCUGAUGCCGGAGGUCAGCAUGCGCCUGGACUCUGGGAAGCACUACAUGAGCAAAACAUUUCCGGUUCCGUACACACAGGAUCUAUUUAACCAACUGUCAGAAUCUUCCCAGAAGCUGAUUGGUUCUACGGCGGGUCUGACCGAGAGGAUCUCAGGGAGACUGAAACACAUGAGAGAGAUUAUGAAUCUGAUGAUCUCCACUAGUGAGAGUUUAUUAUUUAACACUGAGCUGCUGGAGUUCUUGCGGAAGCAGGAAUUCGAUGCAGUACUGACUGACCCUGUGAUGCCAACUGGAGCCAUUUUAGCCUAUAACCUAUCCCUGCCUGCCAUCUACAUCCUUCGUGGCCUACCAUGUGGCAUGGAUGCUAUCGCCACCGCCUGUCCUGACCCUCCAUCCUACGUCCCCCGUUUUUUUACGAAACACACCGAUCGCAUGUGCUUCACUCAGCGUGUGUUAAACCUGGUGGUGUAUAUGGUGGAACCUGUGAUUUGUAAGCUACUGUACUGGUGGUUUGAUGAUGUGGCCUCACGUUUCCUGCAGCGCAGCAUCAGUAUGACGGAGAUCCUAAAUACAGCUGCCGUGUGGCUGCUGAGAUACGACUUCACCAUGGAGUUCCCCAAACCACUGGCGCCCAACACUGUGCUGAUUGCAGGACUGAACUGUGCUGUGACCAAGCCUCUGGACCCGGAGGUGUUGGAGUUUGUGGAAGGAUCAGAACAUGGAAUUGUAGUUUUCACACUUGGCUCAUUAGUGCCAGCAAUUCCGAAAGAGAAAGCAGCCAUUUUCUUCCAGGCCUUCAGCAGAAUCCCUCAACGAGUCCUGUGGAGAUAUAUGGGUGAAGCUCCUCAAGACAUUCCUGGGAAUGUGAAGCUGAUGAAGUGGCUUCCUCAGAACGACCUUUUAGGUCACCCAAAGGCAAGAGCGUUCAUUACUCAUGGUGGCUCACAUGGUAUUUAUGAGGGGAUCUGUCACGCUGUUCCCAUGGUGAUGAUGCCACUCUUUGGUGAUCAGGGUGAUAACGUGCAGCGAUUGGUCAGUCGUGGAGUGGGUGUGGCCUUGAACUUCUAUGACAUCUCAGCUGAUGUGCUAGUCAACGCCCUCGACACUGUCAUCAAUGACAGCAGUUAUAAGGAGAAGAUGAUGAAACUAUCUGCUCUUCACCAUGAUCAACCAAUAAAUCCACUGGAUCUUGCAGUGUACUGGACAGAAUAUGUAAUGAGGCAUAAAGGGGCGGAGCAUCUACGUUCAGCUGCUCAUAACCUUAACUGGUUCCAGUAUCACAGCCUUGAUGUGUUUGGCUUUCUGCUGGUUGUCAUGGUGAUUGUUGUCACAGUAAUGAUGAAAUGCUGCAUGUUGUGUUUAAGAUGCUAUAAGAAUUUACAGAAGAAGAAAGAGGAGUAAAAAUGUUGCUACUGUUUUAUUUCACUUUUUUUUACUUAAAAACGAAGACUCUUAUGAAGAGUCUUACAAUAGAGUCAGAGUUAGAGUCAGAGAGUCAGAGUUAGC